AUGGCAAUUAUAGGAACCACCGUUGGCAAUGAUGCCGAUACAUACUCGGUCCCUGUAGCUGCAAACGAAGCCUACGACAAGGGUAUCAUUUCAAAUCCUCUUAUAGCCAAAGACCUCCCCGCGGAAGUUAAGAGUAAAUGCACAAACAUCACCUUCACCGGCUCCGAGAGUCCAUCUCUUCCCGUCAACUGGAGACUUGCAGAGGCGGUGUCAUCUCUAAAGGCAUUGGAAGCAGCCUUGGUGGACACUAUCCUUCAACGCCGGUAUGGCCUUGAGCCUCACCGCAUCACCAUCAACACCGAUCACGCUAGCCUCUUCAUAUUCUCUACUCUCCUCUGGACUAUUGAUCCUUCCGAAGGAGGCGAGAAUAUCAGCCCAAAUAACCUCCGCCAAGCAAACGAGAAUCUGUUCAAGUAUUUUCCCAGUUGUGAUAAACACCGGAUGAAUGCUUCCACUCACCGUAACCUGGCGACCAACAUCUACAAGUGUGCCGAUGGUCGAUUCUUCCAAGCUCAUGGAUCCCUCAACCCUACACCGACGCUCCUCAACGUUGGUCUCAAAGCCGAGGCUGACAAGGAUACAAACGUUUAUGAGGACGCUGUCAGGCCGUUUAAUGAAGCUUUUGGAAAGAUUAACAGCGACACUUUGCAGCAAAUCACGGAUGAGACGCGGCAAGCAGGCACCAUAUGCUACACGGUAGAGGAGUUCCUGAACUCGAAGCACGGCAAGGCCAAUGCGCAUGUUGGGCUUUGGGAGAUUCGUGAGACCGCGAACAAGUUACAGGAACCAUGCUGGUGGGAAACGCCCACGUCUCAGUCUGGUACCUCUAGGCCCCUCGCUGGUAUCAAGGUUGUGGACUUGACGAGAAUUAUUGCAGGUCCGAGUAUAACUAGAUCCUUAGCAGAGUUAGGAGCCAGCGUGAUGCGUUGCACUGCUCCUCAUUUACCGGACGUUGUGGCUCUUCAGGCUGAUCUCAACUGGGGAAAGUGGAACUGCAGCAUCGAUCUACGAGAGGAGAGUGAUCGACAGAAGCUGAGGCAGCUCAUCCAAGAAGCCGACGUGGUCGUCCAGGGCUACCGACCUGGCACUCUUGACAAGUAUGGCUUCGGUGAGAACGAUAUUAUAAAAAUAUGCGAGAACCGAUCCAAGGGAGUCAUUCAUGUGCGGGAAAACUCGUACGGCUGGCAUGGUCCAUGGAAAGACCGAAGCGGAUGGCAGCAAGUUGCUGAUGCGAAUACUGGGCUUAGUUAUUCUUUUGGCCAAGCCAUGGGACUUGAUGAGCCUGUUACUCCCAUCUUCCCUCACAGCGACUAUUGUAGCGGCGUUGCUGGUUCUUGUGCAGUUCUUAUUGCCCUGCUGCGUCGCGCUGAGCAAGGAGGCUCCUACCGCAUUGAUCUCUCCCUCAAUUACUACAGUACAUGGCUUAUCCGCUCAGUGGGCACGUAUCCGACUCAAGUCUUUGAUAAAGUGUGGGCUGAGCAUGGUAGGCCUGUGUACCACUACUGGCACAACAACGGAAUCUCAGCGCCCGAAACGGUGAAGAGGCUCAAGGGUGGUCCGGCGAGUAGGAGGAUAUUACGGCCCGAGUUCUUUGAAGACCGACGCUCGCCGAGUGUGCUUGGAGACAAAGUAUUUCGCGCGGUGAAAGGAGUCGCAGAUUGGGAUGGCGUGGUUGACUUACGAUACAAUGUUGGAACUCGUGGAAAUGGGACGGAUGCAGCUAGGUGGCCAGAAGACUUGAUGCAAGAAGUGGUUACGGAAUGA